CUAGCUGGAAGCAACAGCGGGCGUCCGGACCGCAUUUUCAAUGCUAUCUCACUCAUGCUGAUCCUCCAUCUCAGGUCAAGUUUGGCAUCAGGUUGCUCUAAUAAAACAGUCCAGUGUCGCUCCCGACAUCCAAACAAUGCCUUCCCGAAGACAGCCCCGAGCGUCCUUCGAGCCAAUAUCCCCCGAUCUAGAUCUUGCCGCGUUAGUUGAAUCAACGCCGAAUUUUGAAUAUGUGGUUCGGAUCCAUUGUGAUGCCAUUGACGAACAGGGCAUCGAGGACUUUGAAAGAUUGGUACAGCUGCACGUCAUCAUGGGAGGGAAGCCUCUUGUUGUUGAGGGAUAUCAACAAAGGCUAGAGAAAUGGAUAUUUUCUUUGCAAUGGUUGAAGGAUAACCAUGGGAAAAAGACUGAAAACGCACGGAAUCUCACUACCAAGUCCAACCUUCCAUUAACCAUUCACCAUUACCUAAAUAAUAUGGCCUUGCUAACGGACCAAUGGACGGUAACAAAUUACAAAGAUCCAGAGAGACAACGGAUCUAUCUCAAGGAUAUUGACUGCCCCCCCAUUUGGCAUGAGAAGCUAAAAAACAUAUUGCCUCCAUUCUUAUGCUAUUUGAACGAAGCCGACGCUCAAUGCGGAGCUGGAAGAUCCGGAGAUCUAAUGAGCAGUCUUCCUCCGGAAAUGAGAGCUGAAAACUUGAUGUGCUAUAUCGGUCAUGAGGGGACCUACACACCGUCCCACCGGGAAAUGUGUGCUACAUUGGGCCAUAAUAUCAUGGUUGAGACUUCAACGGGCGCCGUGGAAGAUGGAAAACUAACCAAACCGGGCUCUUCUAUUUGGUUCAUGACAGAAAGCAAAGACCGACACUUAGUCUCGGAGUAUUGGCGCUCUCGACUUGGACAUGACAUCGAGAUUGAAGACCACUUCGCACAGAUCAACGCCUGGAAACUUGCCCCGUUCAAAACGUACGUGGUGGAACAGAAAGCUGGCGACUUUAUUCUCAUUCCUCCUCUUGCUCCUCAUCAGGUCUGGAAUCGAGGCACUAGGACAAUGAAAGUAGCAUGGAACAGAACUACAGUGGAAACCCUGGAAAUGGCGAUUCAUGAAGCCCUUCCAAAAGCGAGGAUGGUUUGUCGAGACGAGCAAUACAAAAACAAGGCCAUUGUCUACUAUACCCUUAUGAAAUAUUCUGACGUUCUGCGCGGAGUCGACCCGCGCAGUAACCCAAAGAUGCGACAAAUACAGAAAGAUUUCCGGCGCCUCUUUACCCUGUAUACCCAAAUUCUUCUUUCCGAAAGUUUUUCGCAGAAAUUGCCUGAGCCCAAAAGCGUGGAAUACAUCCCCUUUAGUAGCAACAUUAUCUGCUCAUAUUGCAGAUGCAAUAUUUUCAAUCGCUUCCUAACAUGUCCUUCUUGUGUUGGGAAGCUUCCGGAUGGGGACGAUGAUAAUUAUGAUAUCUGUAUGGAAUGUUAUUCCAUUGGCAGAAGUUGUGCGUGUAUUUCCAAGCUCAAAUGGGCCGAACAAUUCAAAUGGAAGGAUCUUGUCAAGAAGCACGAAAUUUGGCGAAAUCAGAUCCUACAGUUUCGAAAUCGAACAUCCGGUGCUGGUGAGCUUCCGGAACCUCUGAUGGUGGAAAGAGUGCGCCUUGGGAAAAAGACACUCGCAGAGAUCUGCCAAGAGGAAUUGAGACGAAGGCCUUGGAAUGAUAUUUCUAAGCCAGCACUUCGUGAAGAAAAUGACGCGAUAAUUGAAGCUAAUGAUGAUGGCUCAAUCAGAAAACGUCGCAAGAUCCGAAGAUCUGAAAAAUUUCGGAAGCAACAUGCGAGCUGCCAUAUUUGCAAAACUCCAGAGCCCAAGUGGAAACUCGCUACCUGUGAUGCUUGCGGACUAAAUUAUUGUUAUGGAAGUCUUUAUAGGGCGUUCGAUACCUCUCCACGUGAGAUCCUGGAAGAACGGAGCUGGAGAUGCCCAAAAUGUCGUAAGAUUUGCUCCUGUGGGGCAUGCCGGCGUGAUGCGAGUAUAAAUCCCUACGAACCUACUGGAACGCUUCUUGGACACGAUACUAGUAAGGUAGCCGACCCUAGAAGCGUGGAAAAUCUCGUUGACUUCAGCCACUCAAACAUUACUUGGAUUAUCAAAGCUGGAGACCAUGGAGAAAAUCUCACUGAGACCCGCAGGUUGAAGAGAAGAUUGGAAGAAGCAGAAAAAGCCAAACAACAUGAUCCAGUCUUGGAAGACCAGGACCUUGACCAAGAUGAGACUGAUACCCUGGUACCCGCUGCUAACAAUGCUAUCCCCAUUGAUCCAUUGCUGGUUAUAGAAAAUAGUCGAAACCCCUCAGAAACACGGGAUGAAAACGGCGUUCCCAUUGACCCAACACUUACUGCUGAUUUCGCUAGACCGGGUGAUCCAAGGGAGAUAGUCGUGCCGAGCAACGCAGUUUUCAAAGAGGAGAUGGCAAAUCGUUACGAGGCCACAGAAGCAAUUACUUUUGAGUACGCAGACCUGGAGCCCUCGGUCACGACUUUACAGAACCCUCCUGGAAGUGCUUUAAUUCACGAAAGGGAAACCCGCACUACGGCUGGGCAACACAGUGCAAAUGAGCAUUCCACGCCUACAUUUGGUUUGGACGGUGUAAGGGACAUGUCAAGCACGACCAUUAUUCAGUCUGACAUAUUACUUAAUGACCUCAGUGUGAAUGCAAAUCGACACCCCUUCAAGAGAUCCGACGUCCUUCGAUCAAAAGAAGAUGAUGAGUUUAUGCCUGACCCAGGAUCCCUUCACAAUAUACAAAGUAGAAAUGGUAGAACCGUGACGAGACGAAAUAAAGCCCGUGUUAGAUAUACAGAGGAACCAAUUGUUCUCAGCGAUCAAGAUGACGUCGAGGAUGAACCAAGGCGAGUAGAAGGUCCACAAUUUAAGCCGAUUAACCUGAAACCAACUUCACGAAAAUCCUCUCUACUUGACAAACUCGAAAUACCAGGUGGUGAUGGGGCCAUCGAUGCCGGUAACGCUUCAAGCCUGGAUUCAAAUUCCUUUUCUACGCAACAAGCACUUGAACUGAGCGGGUCACCAUCAUUGUCCGAAUCCUUAUCGAAGGAGCCAGCUUCGGCUGAUACGGAAAAGCUGAUGAUCCAAGUCGAAAAGAAUCGAAGAGCAAAACUGAUGGCUAUGCAAUGGGCUGAAGGGAAUACUGAUGAUAUUGAUAGCGAGGAGUGGAUCUAGUCUGCUAACGAGGCCAUGAUUUUCUAUCGUGCACAAUCGGGCGUAUUCAGUGGCACUCUCUUCCGGAUGUUCGACCCCGUCUAUAGUGGUUGCUGUGCGUUCUCGCCAGGCGCUUUUUCUUUCUGGGUUGUUGUUUUGCUCACGGCCUGAGUUUCAACGUUGUAGCUCGGGAUAUCGGGUUUGCGGUUUGGACUGGCAGAGGCAACCGCCUUCCCCCGCCAGUUUACUUAGCUCGGCAUAGCUUUAUCUCGUCUUUCACUUGUGAUGGAUUCUGGCGGCUAUGAUCUUUGUGUUUGAACUCUGUCAGCCUGUGGAUAGCUGGUAGGAAAACUUGGGUGGCUGUCUGAAGUUCAGAGGUCCCUGCGUUGUGAACGAUUUCGCAUACAUACGGCAUGCCUGGAGUAUCUCUUUGACUCGUUUGC